GACAGCAGGUGUUUACAUAUAGAGCUUCUCAGAGCGGCGGCCGUCUCCUCCUCCGACUCAGCAGCAUCACACCUGCGGCACAGGCACCUCUGAGCAGCGUCCUCCAAUCAACUUCAGCAUGAGCCCGAAAAACGUCAUUUUCAAGAAGACAUGCAAAGACAAGUCGGUCGGAGUGUUUAUGGGGAAGAGAGACUUUGUGGAUAACGUGGACUCUGUGGAUCCAGUGGAUGGCGUCGUCCUCGUUGAUCCUGAGGCUUUGGCGGGAAGGAAAGUGUUCGUCACCUUGUCCUGCAUCUUCCGCUACGGCCGAGACGACAUGGACGUGAUGGGAAUCGCCUUCCGUCGGGAGCUGUUCCUGUCCACCCGGCAGGUGUACCCGCCUCUGCAGGACCGGGAGAAGGGCGUCCACACCAGGAUCCAGGCCAAGCUCCUGCGCAAGCUGGGAAAUAACGCCUACCCGUUCUUCUUCGAGUUUCCCGACAACCUGCCUUGCUCUGUGGCACUCCAGCCAGCGACCCACGAUGAGGGCAAGCAAUGUGCUGUGGAGUUCGAGAUCAAAGCGUUCAGCGCUGAGAGCCAAGACGCAAAAGUCCGCAAGCGGAGCACGGUGAAGCUGAUGCUCAGGAAGGUUCAGUACGCCACGGAGGACCAAGGAACGCCGCCCUCUGUUGAACUCACCAAGGACUUCGUCAUGUCGGACAAACCGCUGCACGUCAAGGCCAGUCUGGACAAAGAGCUUUACUACCACGGGGAAACCAUCGUUGUUCACGUUAAUGUUGAGAACAACUCCAACAAAAACAUCAAGAACAUCGUCGUAUCAGUUGACCAAGUCGCCAACGUCGUGUUGUACUCCAAUGACAACUAUGUGAAAUGUGUGGACUUGGAGGAGUCUGGGGACUCGGUGUCGCCCGGGGCGUCGCUGGAGAAGGUCUACAAGCUGCUGCCCCUGCUGGCCAACAACAGGGAGAGGCGGGGCAUCGUUCUGGAUGGAAAACUGAAGCACGAGGACACCAACCUGGCGUCGUCGAGCAUGAUCAAGGAGGGCGUCCUGAAGGAGGUGAUGGGAAUCAUCGUCUCGUACAGAGUCAUGGUGAAGCUCAUCAUCGGCGGGAUGAUGGGCUCCAGCGAGGUGGGCCUGGAGGUUCCCUUCAGACUGAUGCACCCCAAACCUGACGCAGUGAAGGACAGUGAGAUGGAGGAUGAAAUGGUGUUUCAGGAAUUCAAGCGCUCCUACCUGAAGGGAGUCAUCGGCGACGACGAAGACGAGGAAGGCAACGUCUCCGGCGGCGACGACAUGGCGCCCAAAGAGAAGUAGAGGAAGGUGUCGGCGGAAGCGACGGCAGCUGGAGUAAACAGAUCGUUGGAUUAUUGAAUCAAAAGAAUUUUCUGCAGGGACGCUCCACAAAUUAACUCAAGAUUAUCCCUUUAACAUUCUUUCAUUAUUAUUUUAAGUGCUGUUGGAUGUUUAGUGCCAGUUAGAAGCUUGAUGCUUUCAGGUUCAACCGAACAG